AUGCCGAACUUUAACGACUCGAGCUAUGGUUACCUAAAAUCCAAUAAUUAUGGGAAAGACCUUAAUAAUAAUUUAUGGAAAUUAAGCGGGAUACUUAACUCUACAAUUUUUGAGACAAUCAAUAGUACAAAUCAACUAUUGCAUGAUAAAGCAUACUCAUGCGUUGCUAACCUCUUCUCUGGAGGAAUUGUAUCUUCAGCUGAUAAUGAUCUAAACUCUGGAGCUCUGAAUUAUACCGCUAAAUCACCUCUGGUUUUUAUCCAUUGUUCUAAUAAUACAAAUGAUAAAAAUUCUGUGAUUCUUGAAAAUAUCAUGCAAAAUGCUGUUCGAAAUAUAAGUGAUUUAAUGACUUAUGAAGGAUUAGGUAGUGGUACUGUACUUGCGAAAACAGACAAAUUUUAUCUCGGUAUGUUAUUGAUAUGCUUUGGCCAAAUUUCAAUUUGCAUAGCAUAUUGGAUGCUCUUUACAGUCGUCGUAUUACUACCGGCUGAUGAUCACAACAGACAAAAUAAACUCGUUCUUAUAUUCGUUCUUUUUUCGGCAAUAACUGAAGCAAUUAUAUUAAAUAGGACGGUCAUUAAUGUCAUCCAACCCCAAUACUACAACAACUAUCAAAGAUCUGAAGAGUACGAGAGUAUCAUCAUAAACUCGAAUCUAGUAAAGAGCUGUGAUUUGAUAUAUAGUGUAUUCACACACUUUAAUUGGCUGCUCAUUAUAAUAUACAUGUAUCCAACCGUUUCUUUGAAGUGGGUUGAACAUGUUAAGAAGCUUCCCAAUGGUGUCAGGCACUUCAAACACUAUCAUAUUUGCCUAGCUAUCAUCCUAAUGUUGAUUGAUGAUAUUUUGUUUUGUCUUCUACUGUGGACCAACACUAAACCCUCAAUUCAUGUUGCAUUCAAAUCAUUUGAAAUUAUAAUUUACACAAUCUUUUGUUUAUUGCUAGUGUAUUUUGUUUGGUCAAAUUUUGCAUUCGUUCUUAGACCUAAGGUACAGAAGGGCGGUUGCGAUAUCGACACUUCUGAAACUUCAUCUAAAUUUACCACCACAAAUGAAACUUGUGAUAAUUGCGAGAAGGCUAGUUACUCUUUUGCUAAUAAGUCUCAAAAUAUAUUCGUUGUAGUAAUGAAAAAAGGUCUAAGGCUAGUAUUUUAUCUUUUCAAUGGUUUUUUCAACUACUUUAAAUGGUCUUACUAUCAUUUGAAAGUAUUAUGGAAGGACUACCAAGAUAUUUUGCCGCUAUUAGCUUACAAUAUCGUAUUAUUUGGUCUAUCCUACUGGGCCACAAUUUUUUUUACAAUGGGCGAAUACUAUCAUAGAAGAUGGGCUUACAACAUUGUUUAUUUUUUGAGGGCUUUGAUUACUGUUAAUGUAUGGGCUUUAAUUGGAGUGCUGGAAAAGAAGAAAAUUAUUGCUUCGCGAAAAACUGUUCUGGGAAGGCAGAUAAGAACAAACUCAUUUAAUGAAAAUAGAGAUAUUACUACUUUAGGAGAUCAUUUCAUCUCUAGAGAAGAUAAUAAUAUUAACUCUGGUGGCCUGAUCUCUGAUUUUUACAUUGACAAGGCAUCACCUCGUGUGAGCCCUCAAAGAAAUUCAGGUGAAAUUUAUGAGAGCUCCUCUGCUAACAAAAUCACACCACAUUUGAAUACGGCGAAGUAUUUGUUGAGAGCGUACCCAGGUGCCCGAAGGAAAAAGAAGCUCUAG